GGUUACUAGUGUACAAUGGAUGAAAACUACAAAUCGAUCUGGUAUUGUAUGGCUGUAAAGAAAAUGUGAAUAUUGUUUUAUGUAUCUUCAACUAAAGGAGAGAAUCCCCAGUACCUUCAUGCAUAAGUCUGUCUUUGAUUUAUGAUAACUACAAGAAUAUUGAUGACAUUAUUAUAAUAUAAUUUGUGAUAUGGAUUAGAUUCACGGAGGAAAAAUGGCUUCAGUAACUUUGUCUAAAAAACUGUCUAACUCAAGAUACAAUAACUGGGUAAAGGCUAGUUUAGCAGUUUUGAUAACAAAAGAAGGUAUUGAACCUUUUGUUGAACGUGAAAUUAAACAGUUCCAGCAGAAAUGUUUAAUAGAUAUAUGUAACAACCAGGGUCGUCCAUCUGGAACAAUUUGUACAAACUGUUGCACUGAAAAAGUAGUUAAUUGUCCAGGAAAGAGAAAUUGUAAUGUGGUAAAUGGAACAUGCAGGAUUCAUGGAAAUUCUCUUCCUCCUUGUCCGAACAAGAUCUGUCACUAUUUCAAAACUGAAAUUCAGAAGUCCCAUAGAUACAAUGGUCCAUCCUACAAAAACACUGAUGCUACUCAGUGGUGCAGUAAAUCCUGGGAGGUCGCUAAGUGCUUCAUGCCCCCAGAUGGUUAUAAAGAUGUUGUGUCUGCAUCAGAUACAGAUUUUAAUGGAGUCAACAGUGUUAUCAUAAACUGCAGAUGUUUUCAGGCAAAAGUUACAGAUGAUCUUAGAAAGAAAGGAAACAUUUUUGAAAAGGGUAGAGAGAUUGGUAAGGCUGUUCGACACGCCCCUAUUCUUGAAGUGGUAGAUACAGAUUUGAAUCAAUAUUUCAUUGACCUUGAUAACCUUCUGUCAGAUACUGGACACUUGAAUGCACAGUUAGCACGGAAAAGAUUAUCUGAG